AUGGCCCAACUGAAGUACACACCACCCAGGCAAUCAUCACCAACUAUCCACGUUCCACGACAGCUUCAGGACUGCGAGUUCAUUUUUGUCCGAAAUGACGCGCGCCCGUUAUUGUCCGGACACCGUUCCCGAACAAACGACCUCUGUCGUCUUACCAUCCACCGUUCGCAAAUAAAGACACGAUUUCCAUCGUCUACAACGGACCAUCUGCGUUUGUCAUCCUUCUUUGCUAUUGCCAACUCCUUGCCUUUGUGUCCCCUGUUGUACGGUCGAUUGACACUCACACCUCUUGGCCUGCUGCAGCAAGUUCAUCAAAAAUAUGGCCAUGUUUUUACUGAAGACACAGUCGGUGCCAAGGGAAAUGAAAUAACAGCUGAUGCUGGUUUAACAGAUAAAGAGAUCCAUGACCGUGAUAUGAAUUGGUUGUUAGAAUGUGAUGCUGUGAUUGCUGAAGUAACACAACCCUCUCUGGGUGUGGGUUAUGAAAUUGGGCGAUCUAUUGCUAUGGGAAAGAAAAUCCUAUGCCUUUAUCGAUCAGAACCAAAAGAUAUAAAAUAUUUAUCAGCAAUGAUAACAGGGGCCAAAGAUAACACACAGGUCUUUGUAGAAACGUACCAAUUGGAUAAAGUUGCUGACAUCUUGAAGAAUUUUUUCUCCCAGAUAAAUUAA